AUGUUGAAAGAAAAAGAGAAGCAAAUUUGUGGAAGAAUUGAAGAGGGCCGGGGAGAUACCGUGGUAGUCAAUAAAAAAUGUAAUUCUGCUACUAAAAAAUUUAAUAAUAAGAGGAUUUUCAUAUCACUUUUGUUGUUAUUAGUAGUGGUGGUAAUAGUACUACCAACAUCAUCAAUAUGGAAUUUGCAAUACAAUAAAAAUUUGCCCUUAUGCUUUAAGAAAUUGUUGUGUCAAAAAUCAAUAUCUUUAAAAUCAACUAAUGCCAGUGAUGUUACCACCUCUACUCGUCGAAAAUUAAGGGGGAAAUUUUUACACAUAACAGAUAUACAUCCGGAUCCCUUGUAUAAAGAAGGCUCUUCAAUUAAAACUGCCUGUCAUAGAUUUACCAAAAAGAGUGGUGCUAAUGAUGAUGAUGACUUUGCUUCCUUAUUUACGGAUCCAAUGGUUGGCUGUGAUUCCUCCUUAGAAUUAAUGUACCAUACAAUGGAUUGGGUAGUUGAUAAUCUUAAAGACGAAAUUGAUUUUGUAAUUUGGACAGGUGAUAACAUAAGGCACGAUAAUGAUCGUAAAAACCCAAGAACUGAGAGUAGUAUUUUUGACUUGAACACGCAAUUAAGCGACAUGUUUUAUGAUAGCUUUAAAAAAGUUCCACCCACAUUUGACCCCAUGGACAUGGAUGUCAAAGUUAUUCCCAGUAUAGGUAAUAAUGAUGUUUAUCCUCAUAACAUGUUUGCUAUUGGACCCACUUUACAAACCAGAGAAUUUUAUAACAUUUGGAAUAAAUAUAUUCCACAAGAACAACAAAGGUCAUUUAAUAGAUUUGUGUCCUUUUUUGAAGAAGUUAUACCAGGUAAAUUAGCAGUGUUAUCCAUAAACACCCUAUAUUUGUACAAAGCCAACCCUUUGGUUGACAAUUGUAACCAAAAAAGCGAACCUGGCUAUCAAUUGAUUUUAUGGUUAGGUUAUGUGUUACAAGAAAUGAGAGAGAGAAACAUCAAAGUUUGGUUAAGUGGGCAUGUACCGCCAAUAGAAAAGAAUUUUGAGACCACUUGUUUCCAUAAAUUUUCUGCCUGGAUCUAUGAAUAUAGAGAUAUCAUUAUUGGAGGUGUUUAUGGUCACAUGAAUAUAGAUCAUUUCAUACCCAUUGAUGGAAAAAAUUCACGUGAGGAGAUCCAGAUUUAUGAGGAGGAAUUAUCACGGUUGUAUGACAUGGAUGUUGAUGAUGAUACGGAUUCUUCUGAUGCUAGAAUAAUGGGUGCUGCUCCUGUCAAUAAAGUUAACUAUAUGAGGAAAAUUAAAAAAUUAUACAAAGAUUUGGACAAAAGCUUUCAUCAAGGUGAUGGUGAUGAUGAUGAAUACUGUAGUAAGUUUAGUAUAGUCACUAUUGCUGGAUCCGUCAUUCCUACUUUCAAUCCAAGUUUCCGCGUAUGGGAAUAUAAUAUUUCCGGUUUAAAUUCUGAGGAAAAUAUUUUAAAUAGUGGAAAAUCAUGGGAGUCCUUUUUCGAUGAGUUGGAAAUUAAAUUACAACAAGACUUGAUGCCUGACAAAGAUGAAGAUGUAGUAGAUAUAUUAAAGAAGAAGAAAAAGAAGAAACCAGACAAAUCAAUUCCACCUAAAAUGCCUUCUAGUUUAGAACUAGGUCCAGCUUAUAAGCCUCAACUGUUUUCACCAACUGGGUUCACCCAAUAUUUUGCAGAUUUGAAUACAAUAAAUAAAAAUUAUUAUAAAUUUAUAGAUAAAGAUGGGUUAUCUAAGGACGAAGCAGCGAAAAAAGCCUUCAACUAUGAAAUUGAAUACACUUCGAUGGACGAAGAUUUUCCAAUGGAUUCAUUGUUGGUCAAAGACUACAUUAAAUACAUGCAUGACUUGUUGCAGCAUAAGAAACGUUGGAAAGCUUAUGUCCAUAGGGCAUUUAUAUCUACCGACUAUGAGAACCUAGACAUGUAA